AUGCAAUCUACACCAGCUAGUGUGUUGCCAACCCUUCCCAAGUGCCGCCAGCAGUUGAUCCGUUGGGAUGGCUGGGGUUAUAAGGAUUCGCGGUUCGAGUACGAUGGGAAGAACUGCUUUUUUACCGGAAAGCGUUACUCGAUUGGGGGAGGCGCCCGAUUGAAUCGGUUUCGUGACUGGGUCAUCGAUUACUUUGACGUGGACACUAGUAAGAGACUGACUGCCGUUAAUGAGCCAAGAGAAUUCCCAGAUCCGGUGAGAUGUUCGGAGUUCUUAAACGGAUUGAGGAACGCUGGGGUAGAGUUUUCGGAGGAUGGAAUGGAUCGGUUAAUGAGGUGUCACGGACAGAGCUUAGAAGACGUUGAAAAACUGAAGAAUCUGAGUUUUAGGAAGCUGCCAGAUGUAGUGGUGUGGCCAAAGUGUCACGAUCAUGUGGUGAAAAUUGUGGCGUUGGCGAUCGAAUUUCAUGUUGCCCUGAUGCCUGUGGGUGGGAACUCGGCAGUGUCCGGGGCAAGUACAACACCGGAUGUUCAAGGAAGAACUGUUGCCAUAGUGGAUAUGACGCAGAUGAAUCGAUUGCUGUGGUUGAAUAAAGAGAAUCUAACGGCGUGCUUCGAAGUUGGAAUCGUGGGGCAGGAUCUCGAGAGGGUUCUUGGGAAACAAAACUUUACCUUAGGUCAUGAACCAGAUUCGGUUGAGUUUUCCACCUUGGGUGGGUGGAUAUCUACAAGAGCUUCGGGUAUGAAAAAGAAUACGUACGGUAAUAUAGAAGACUUGGUCGUACGGAUAACGAUGGUAACCGGGAUUGGAGUGCUACAGAAGCAAUUUCUCGCCCCGAGAGUUUCGUGUGGUCCAGAUUUUGACCAAGUCAUUUUCGGAUCCGAGGGCACCUUAGGUAUUAUCACAGAAGCUGUAGUGAAGAUUCGACCAAUUCCUCAGGUUAGUCGAUGUGGGUCGCUGGUGUUUGCCAACUUCGAGACCGGUGUUCGCUUUCUGCGGGAGGUAGCCAAGAAAAGACUUCAACCGGCAAGUAUUCGGUUACUCGAUAAUCUCCAGUUUCAAAUUGGACAGUAUCUGCAACCCGAAGGACCUUGGACCAGUGGAAUAAUGAACGGCAUCAAGAAACAGUAUCUCACUAAAAUCUGCGGGUUAGACCUAGAUCAGAUAGUCGCAGUAACACUGGUAUUCGAAGGCGAUUGCAAAUAUGUCACAUCACAUGAAAAACAAAUCUACAGCAUAGCUGCCAGUUUUGGCGCCCUGAACGGAGGAUCAGAAAAUGGAGAAAAAGGCUACGUGAUGACAUUUGUGGUGGCAUAUAUUCGGGACUUCGGAUGGGAUUUCAACAUCAUGGCAGAUUCGUUUGAAACUUCCGUUAGCUGGGAAAAGUGUUUGUCGUUGUGCAACAAUGUGAAAUCGUGCGUAACGGCGGAGUGUGAACGACACGGGAUACGAAGGAUGAUGAUCAGCCAUCGUGUGACGCAGACGUACGACGAUGGUUGUUGUGUUUAUUUCUACAUGGCCAUCAAGCAUCCGGACGAACGGGUCAACGCGGUGGAGUUGUUCAAAGCUAUUGAGGAUCGGGCGAGAGACGCAAUAUUGGCUUCCGGUGGAAGUCUGUCACAUCAUCAUGGCGUUGGCAAGAUGCGUAGCAAAUGGUAUCCGGCUAGUGUUUCGCACGCAGGUGUUAGCAUUUUGCGAGCCAUCAAAAAGGAACUGGAUCCGAACAAUAUAUUUGCUGCUGGUAAUCUGGUGAGCGAUAACGGAAUGUCAAAGCUUUGAAUUUGCAUGUUUGUGUGAAUAAAU